AUGCUGACGGCAGAUCUAUAUCUAAUUGGUACACCUGAGGCAUCCGUCGGUCGUGGCACGGUCCGGACAGUGUCCGUCCCCGUGCCUCCGCCCGGAAAUUUCGCCCACCUACAAGAGUGGAGAGGUGACAAGGGUCCUGCCGGGGUUUGGCCCCCAAUCUGUUUGGGGAAGAGGCUCGACGCAAGCGAAAUCCGUGGGUUAGAGCUCUCAAGGCUCACCCCUGCAACAGGAGCAUCGACAGCUGAGAAUUGA